AUGGUGCGGCUGCUGCUCGUUUUGCUGCUCCUUGCCGACGUCGGGACCGCCGAUGACAGCGUGACGUGCGCGUUGAACACGCCGCGUUUCUACGACCCGUCCACCGGCUGCUACCCGGGCCCCGUCGGAAAUUCGCACGAUCCGGAUACGAUCCUCUUUUGGGAGGUGGUCGAAGGCUAUCGCGUGUAUUACGUAUGCCCCGAGCCCGGUCACAAAGUCUGCCGGAGCAAGGGCAAGGACAAGAAGUCGCCGGACCAAUUUUCGUGCCACGGAACGGCAGACCGUAUCCCGCCGGAAAAGAAAGAAAAGAAAUGCCAAUGCUCGAAGAGAGGGGAACCACCGUCGGAAACAGUGUCGGAAGAAUGGUUCAAACGAUGGGAGGCUGGCUUUAACGGCGAAUGCGGUUCCGAGGAAACACGAAAAGAGGAUGCCAUGGUCGAGCGGCUAUUUCGUCCGGUGGUGUGCGAAGCGGGAUAUUUCUGCUCCGAGGGCUCCGGAGAUUCCUGGCCAGCAGCACUCUCGGGUCCGUUGGGCGAGCGGGUGGGCUGCUGGGACAAAGUGAAUAAACCGACGCCCUACUCGUCGGGAAUCUGCGUGGCCGAAUCCGCUCCGCCUCACAUUGUCUAUACGGCCUCCGCCGACCUGAAACGUCUGAUCGAGUCCCGCCAGGGUCGCCUCGGCUACGGUGUGCUCUUCCCGCGUGGGCCGAACGACUUCACCGACUUCAAGCCGUUCCACUAUGACGUGGCAUGUGAUGUGGCCCAUCGGCCGUGGCACCCCGUCGAAGGAUGCGUCGUCGUCGAGCGUCACCUGCCAUCCACGACAGUCACGGAGACUGCGGAAACAAUCGGGGCCGACUGGGGCAUCGCCUUCUACGAGACAGUCCUCAAUAACGACGGCGUCACCUGGACGCACGUUGUCUAUGCGUGCGCCCUGCCGAGCACGGCACCCUACUACGUCUCGUUCUGCAGCAACGGAAAGGAGUCUGACAUUGUGACGGGAUGCUGGUCGAGGGCUUGGAGACCUGCGCCUAACGACCAUACGGCAUGCGAUGACCCGACGACCACCAAGGCGAAGAUCUCUGCCGAGUGGCCGCACAAGUUGGCGGGGACUCCACUCGAUUUCGCGCCCAUCUAUACGCGGGGCAAAGAGAUCAAGUACGAGCCGGAAUGGCUGAUAACUACCACCACAAAAUCCACCACCACGGUAUCCACUCAGUCGACGAAUGCCACGAUGGCCGUGAAUACGACGAAGGCCACCACAACGACUACUACGAGGAGCACGACAACUGAGAGGCCGUGGAGUGACGAAGAGUUGAUGCACAUCAAUUCCGGCAUCUUGUGCAUGGUCGCGUUGCUCUUCCUCACCAUCUACUUCAAGUGCAAAAAAUACGAGGCACCGCCGCGAGUGACCUGGCUGGAGGUGACGACGCCAGAAGCUGCACACACUCAAAAUCCGCCGAAACAAACGGCCGACAUGGCCAAGUCGGCCAGGAGCAGCGCCACAGUC